CUUAUUUCUUCACACUUCACACACAUAUAUACUUUGAAAAUUAAGUUUUAUUAGUGAUCAUGGCUAAGUUUGCGUCCAUCAUCGCACUUCUUUUUGCUGCUCUUGUUCUUUUUGCUGCUUUCGAAGCACCAACAAUGGUGGAAGCACAGAAGUUGUGCGAAAGGCCAAGUGGGACAUGGUCAGGAGUCUGUGGAAACAAUAACGCAUGCAAGAAUCAGUGCAUUAACCUUGAGAAAGCACGACAUGGAUCUUGCAACUAUGUCUUCCCAGCUCACAAGUGUAUCUGCUACUUUCCUUGUUAAUUUAUCGCAAACUCUUUGGUGAAUAGUUUUUAUGUAAUUUACACAAAAUAAGUCAGUGUCACUAUCCAUGAGUGAUUUUAAGACAUGUACCAGAUAUGUUAUGUUGGUUCGGUUAUACAAAUAAAGUUUUAUUCACCAUAAAA